ACAAUGCGAACCUGCUCCCAACGCAAACUACAGGAUUCAAAAGAUUGAACCGGAACCAACCAGAAGGAUUUGAUACAGUCGUCACACAGGAAGCUAGCAUACUCGCAAGAAAGCAGUAGCAGGUCAGAGCAGUAGACAAACGCAAAAGAACUCAAUCCGAAAAAUGAAUCCCGACACCAAAAAUGCGAARACCGCAUCAACCGGUAGUCAGCAACACCCGGUYGUGUUCGACACGAUGAUCGACGAACGACGCAUCAGCCGCCAGAACACCGGAGAUCGCCCGAACCAAAACCAGCAAUACCUUAUCCAUUCCCUCAAACCGCCUCCGCCGGCAUCUUGGGCCACGAACGUAAAGUCAUUCCUGAAUGCUCCUCGAAAACAGGAAAAUGACGACGAUGCCGUCUACUGGUGCGAGUAAUGCAAACAAAGGCGCUCAUCCAGCUUCCUACAACAAGUCUUUCCUACCAAAAUAAUCACCCAUAAAGUAUCCCGAUUGACUGAAAACGCCAGCCACUGGGUUCCGCACGAAAAAACGGAACCAUCGUCAAUCAUCGCGAUCUUCGAUCAAUUAAAUGUUGAUCUAGCAGUCCCUUUGAUGAAGGCAUUUGUUGGAUACGACGCAAAUAAACACUAUACUUUGAG